CAAGCAUCCGGACCCUUAAAGCGAGCGCCAGACGCGGCUUCGCACCCUGCGACCGCGACGCGCGCUCGCGCGCGCCAGACGCGCCAGACGCGGCGAAGCGCCAUGGGUCCCAGUGCCAUGGCUUUGGCGCUCUCGCUGGCGACCUUGGCACAGGCAGAGACGGAGUUCGUGGUGGGCAAGGUGCGGGUGCAGGCCUUGUCCCCGCGCCUGCUGCGGAUCGAGCCGCAGGGCCCGCGGGGCUUCGAAGAUCGCAGCACCUUCACCGUGCAGAGCCGCGAGUUCCAGGGGGUGGCAAUGAACAAGACCAGCAGCGGGCAAGGCGUUUGGCUGAACAGCAGCUUCUAUAGCGUGCUGGUGGACUCCAAGGUCCGCGUCUUCACGCCGCAGGGCCAGAUCUUCGACUCCGCCAGCGAGGCGGGCAACCUUUUGCACUGGCCGUCGCCUUUGAAGGCGACCAGUUACGCGCUGAUGGACUACCCCCGGUUCUUUGUGCCGGACUGGGGCACUGUGCCCAUUCCGGAAGGAGCAAAGGUGGAUCCGGACUUGCUGGCCACCAACGGCUAUGACUUCAGGAACAACAUCAGGGGAGACACCUACAUCUUCCUUUUGGGUCAGGACUUGAGCGCUUGGUCCUCUGCCCGAGUGGAAUUCCUGAAGCUCACAGGGCCCUGCCCCCUGCUGCCGGACUUCGCCUAUGGGACCUGGUUCACCUACUGGCACAGCUACACCGAAGCCGAGGCCAAGGAUGACAUCGAGCAUUGGGAGCGCUUGAAGCUCCCCAUCGACGUUUGGGCAUUGGACAUGAACUGGCGCAACACCUCAGACAAUCAGGACUGGUACUAUGACCAUCCGAACACCGCUCUCUUUCCCAACUUCACGGAGUGGUUCGAGUACCUCCGUGCCAGGAGGCUGCGGACCUACUUCAACGACCACCCCUACCCAGUGGCCAGCCGCAACGCGGGGGGUUUGCAGACCUCCCCCGAGGAGACCAAGUUCCGAUGGCAGGGGCUCAGCGAGUGGAUGGCCAAGGGCAUGACCUACUGGUGGUUUGACCACAACUGGAAGUUUUCCAUCCCGCCGCCCUUCGUGAACCAGUCCACGACGGAUGGCGUGUGGCAGGGUCUGGACAAUGCCGCCUGGGGCUCCCACAUUUAUUACAGCGCGGUGGAGUACUACGACCGCCACGUCAGGGACAAGGCCGGGGACACCUUCUACGGCCGGCCGAUGACUUUGACCAAGUUCGGAAAGCCGGACUGGAAGCCCGGCAUGGAUCCCCAGGAGGCUGCAGAGCACCCCGCGCAGCACCGCUUCCCCGUGUGGUGGACGGGCGACGGGGUGGACCUCCAGGCGUCCACGGAGUCCAUGGUGGACGCAGGCCUGCACGGGUUGAAACCCUUCGUGCACUCGGACUGCGGGGGCGACGGUCGCCAGAGCGCCGGGGAUUUGAUGCGCUGGACGGCCCACUGCGUCUUCGGCUCCAUCCUGCGGUUCCAUGGCGCGGACCACCGGCCCUGGAGCUAUGACAACCACACGCUCCAGGUGAUCUCCUCCUACUUGGGCAUGAGGUACAAGAUGCUGCCCAUGCUGCUCUCCGCUGGUCAGAAGGCCACCAAGACGGGAUUUCCCUUGGUGGCGCGCGGGGAUUUCUUCUGGCCCGAGCACCCUGAGAGUGCCUCCAACCAGCAGUACGUCUUCUUGGAGGACAUCCUCGUGGCACCGAUCUGGAACAGCGGCAGCAACAUCACCAGCCGCCAGGUGUGGAUCCCCCCUGGGCAUUGGAAGGACAGCUGGGACGGCAGCAUCACUGAGGGGCCCAAGACCGUCACGGCCACUCAGCCCUGGGAGCGUCAGCCCAUGUGGAUCCGCCCGGGCGCCAUGCUGGUCCUCACCGACGAGGUGCCAAAGCGGGUGGAGGACGUGGAUUGGUCUCGCCUGACUUUGGAGGUCUACCCCGCUGAGACCCGCAGGCAAAAGGUCUUGCACGAGCCCAACGGGGAAGAGACACAAUUGCAGAUGCAGCUGGAGAACGGCCACUUCCACCUGUCCAUUGAGUCCAAGGUGGCCAGGCGCUGGCGUUUGCGCGUGCAUUUGCAGCCGGGACAGAAGAUGUCGCAGAUCUUCCUGGGUGGCCGAGCGGUACCUGCGAAAUCGAGCGCUGGCAGCUCGUUGUUGUCGGCGCCUGGCACUGUGGUGGAGCUGGAACUGCAAGGAUCGACGCAGCAUUUGAAGGCGGUGAUCAGCAGCGAGGAGACUCUGAUCGGCCUGGUCAUUUAGAGAUUGGUGUUUGCCCACACUUUAGACGUGUCUCAAGCUGUG